CACCACCAAUUCCGGCCCCACUAAAGAUUGAGCCCGAGACCGCCAGCUAUUCUAGACGGGAGGCGGGCAGUGCUGAGGCGGGUGUACAGCAACUCAUGAGACGGGGAGCUCCUGGGAAAUAGGCGCUUUUUGAUUGUACCACCAGAAUUGACAACGCAACACCAUCUUUCGCCUUUACUACAACAAACGAAGACCAAGUCCGUCACACCGAAAGUCAUACUUCGCGAAGCUUCAAGCCUGGCCACCAACCCCUAAGGCCCCCUCCGCGGGCAUCGCCAGACAGCAAUGGCGUCCCUCAAGCAGUUUAUCCGCAAUGUGCGCGCCGCCAAGACGAUUGCAGACGAGCGAGCAGUCAUUCAAAAGGAGAGCGCCGCAAUCAGGGCCAGCUUUCGCGAAGAGAGCCACGACCACAGCGUCAGACGGAACAAUGUUUCCAAGCUCCUAUAUCUCUUCACCCUGGGUGAGAGGACACAUUUCGGUCAGAUAGAAUGUCUGAAGCUGCUGGCCUCUCCUCGAUUCGCAGACAAACGCCUAGGACACCUCGCCACGAGCCUGCUGCUGGACGAGAACCAAGAAGUUCUCACACUGGUCACAAACUCCCUCAAAAAUGACCUUGUACAUUCCAAUCAGUACAUCGUGGGCCUCGCGUUAUGCACUCUCGGCAACAUUGCAUCGGUCGAGAUGUCACGAGACUUAUUCCCCGAGAUUGAGAACCUCAUUGCGACCGCGAACCCCUAUAUUCGAAGGAAAGCUGCCCUUUGCGGCAUGCGGAUAUGUCGCAAGGUCCCCGACCUGCAGGAGCACUUUAUCGAAAAGGCCACUCAGCUCUUGUCUGACCGUAACCACGGUGUCUUGCUGUGCGGCCUGACUCUUGUAACCAGCCUCUGCGAGGCAGAUGAGGAGUCGGAGGAGGAAACUGGUGCCGAAGACAUCAUUGAAAAGUUCAGACAGUUCGUGCCAGUCCUGGUGAGGACACUGAAAGGUUUGGCUUCAUCAGGCUAUGCGCCGGAACAUGAUGUUACCGGCAUCACGGAUCCUUUCCUUCAGGUCAAGAUCCUACGGCUCCUGAGGGUUCUUGCCAGAGGCGAUGCUCAGGUCAGCGAGCAAAUCAACGAUAUCUUGGCGCAAGUCGCAACAAAUACCGAUUCCUCAAAGAACGUUGGUAACUCGAUUUUGUACGAAGCCGUGCGGACCAUUCUCGAUAUUGAGGCCGAUUCUGGGCUGAGGGUUCUCGGCGUCAACAUCUUGGGCAAGUUCCUCACCAACAGGGACAACAACAUCCGAUAUGUAGCCUUGAACACCCUUGUCAAGGUGGUCGCCAUAGAGCCCAACGCGGUUCAAAGACACCGUAACACGAUCCUCGAGUGUUUGCGUGAUCCCGAUAUCAGCAUCAGGAGGCGUGCUCUCGAGCUGAGUUUCACAUUAAUAAACGAGAGCAACGUCCGCGUCUUGAUCAGGGAGCUGCUGGCCUUCCUUGAGGUGGCUGAUAAUGAGUUUAAACCUACCAUGACGAGCCAGAUCGGCAUUGCUGCCGACAAGUUCGCCCCCAACAAGAGGUGGCACGUCGAUACUAUGCUGAGAGUGUUGACUCUUGCCGGCAACUACGUCAAGGAGCAAAUCCUGUCUUCGUUCGUGAGACUGAUUGCUACGACCCCUGAGCUCCAGACUUAUGCUGUGCAGAAGCUGUACAGCAGCCUUAAAAAAGAUAUCACCCAGGAGAGCUUGACGCAAGCCGCUGCCUGGUGCAUCGGCGAGUACGGCGAGGCCUUGUUAAAGGGCGGUCAAUAUGAGGAAGAGGAGCUUGUGACCGAGGUCAAGUCUCACGAAAUCAUCGACCUUUUCUCCACAAUUCUCGAAAGCAACUAUGCUACCCAGGUGUCCACUGAGUACAUAGUGACGGCUCUCGUCAAGCUCACCACCAGAUUGACAGACAUGUCACAAAACGAUAGGAUACGAAAGCUCCUCCAGGCUCACCAAACCAGUCUGGACGUUGAAGUGCAACAGCGCGCGGUUGAAUACGACAACCUACUCGCCUAUGAAUCCAUACGCAAUGGCGUGCUGGAGAAGAUGCCGCCGCCGCAGAUCAAAGAGUCAUCUAGAGUCCUCGGCGAGGCCACCAAGAAACCAACCAAAGCCGGCGCUCGGAAACCCAAAAUGGCUGCCAAGCCAAAGGAGGAAGAUCUUCUGUUUGAUCUCAUGGGAGACAGCAGCGCCCCGGUCGCUUCACCAACAACUAGCGGUCAAAACAACGCCGACCUUCUUGCUGAUAUCCUCGGGGGCACCGCAUCUCCGCCCCCAGCCUCAGCAUCGUCCGGCCCUCCAAAGUCAAACAUGGACUCCAUCAUGGACCUCUUUGGCUCGGCACCAGCAUCAGGGUCGCCCGCACCGGCCCCCACCGCCACCGCCGCUUCGUCCGCCAGCAUGGACCUGUUUGGCUCAGCAGGGACACCGCCGCCCCAGCCGCAGCAACAGGCGGCUCCUCCUGUCGCGCCCACUGGACACCCCUGCUACGAUUCAAACGGCUUGAAUGUCACGAUACAAACGCAGCGUAACGCAGAAGGGGCUAUUCAGGCAAUUGCCAGGUUCCGUAACACAGGAGGUGCACCUCUUUCAGAGGUCGGUCUGCAGGCUGCCGUUCCCAAGUCGCAGAAGCUACAGUUGCUCAACAUCUCAACGACGGACAUUGCACCCGGUGCCGAAGCCACUCAGAUGAUGAGGGUCAUGGGCUGCAAAGGGCCCUUGCGCUUGCGCCUGAGGAUAGGAUACAACUCGUCCUUGGCAGGUCAGGUCAUGGAUCAAGUCAACUGGGCGGAGCCGGCGUGAUGUGGUGGCAAUUUUCAAGGUUUGAAGCCGGUAGUAAUUUUGCCCGGGACGAAAAUUAUAGACAAGGCUUGGUGGGAACGUCUUGAGGCUGCAGUCUGUGUCUGCUAAUCUCCCGAGUAGCGGAUGCCCCGGGGCUGUAACUGAACGAUGCCCGAUGUCGAAUGGGCAGAUGUCGCCUACAUGACAUCUAUUCAUCUGCUUAGGCAAGAGUAAAAUAUUGAGGUUCUCGGGGGUUUGCUCAGGCACACGAAGUCGAAUCAGGAAAAUCAAUUGAUACAUACCCUUUUUGAAGCAAUGAUAUAUGAGAGACUUCCACCAAUGAGCCAAGUAUACACAUACAACAUUUCUCUAUACCCGCAUGCCUGC